GCCCAUUGAACCCGCACUCUAGUCUUCGCCUCUUCGGGUCUCACUCGUCUUCUAGUCCUCGCGAGGGUUUUUUCAGCUCCAUGGAGGGUUCGUCUUCUCGCCCGUCCGAUUCAAAUCCAACGGCUACUGGCGCUUCCAAAUUCCUCUCUAACCUUCCGUCUCGAGGCUUCUUGUCCUCUACGGUUCUCUCUUCAAAUCCGGGUGGGAUGCGAGUCUAUAUCUGUGAGCAUGAUACAUUGCCUCCAGAGGGCCAACAGAUAAAGACUAAUCAAACAAACAUAUUGAUUAGAUCGCUCCAGCUUAACAAACAAAAGGGUGAUUCCAGUUCAAAGGAUAUGAAGGGAGUAACUGCAGCUGAGGGCUCUAGAAAGCGUGCUCCAGAAAGGGUUCAGGAUGGCAGGUCUUCGGCUAAGAGAAGCAAUAGUCAAAUUGUUUCUCGACAAGAGGGAUCUGAUAGCCGCACAGCUGAUAGGGACUUUUACAGUUUGACAGUAGAAAGGCUUCGUGCGCUUCUAAAGGAGCAGGGUCUUUCACCCAAAGGAAAGAAGGAUGAACUGGUUGCAAGGUUGAGAAAUGUAAACGGUUAAUUGAUCAGAAGUUUCUGGAUAAAUGUGCUAUCCACGUUGUGUACAUUCAAGGAAGGGAUUUAGGUGAUAUUGUUGUCUUCUAUAUGUAACUUAAAAAUGAGUCAAGUGACUAAAACGUGGGGAAGAAAGUUCACUUAAGUUGGAAGUUGAAAAGAAGACGUUUUAAUGUAUGCUGCGGUACAUGUUUGUACAAUUAGAAGUUUACUGAUUAUGUUGUGUACAAAUUUUGGGUGUGACAUAGCAACUACAUUCGGUUGGAAUUUAUCAUACCCACAUUAAAAUUUUUGUUGCAGGUGUAAUAUGCUGAAGCAAAAAUUGUCUGAAGUGGGAAGUGGUUGGAUUUGGAAUGAAAGACCUCUGAGGGA